GAUAUAAGCAACACGUCAGUCUUUUUUGGAAGUUGGUGUGCAGUUUGCCAGCUGGCGAGGUUAACAGUCUCAGUGUGUGUAUUUGGUAAAGAAUGAGUAUGGCUAAAGCUAAUCAUCCGACCUCCAGUUAGCCUAACAAUUGCCUUCGUGUCAGUAUACUAACAGGUUUUAACUUUCCUACCAUCACAGCUGGAUGCAGAGGCAGCUUAUUGUUUUAGCCCACAAGACUUUGUGUGUAGGCCUACAACCUACCACAACAUCUGGCAGGUGGAAGCAACUCUUGAAAGUGUGUAGAGCCUUUUCUGCUGUUAAUGUGUUAGAUUUUUCCCAGCAAAUCCAUCAUUUCUUCUCGGUAUCCCAUAAGGCUCCCACAUCCCAUUACAUAUCCCACAAACUCCUCCAAAGCGAUUCUCUCCAGCUUUUCCUACAUCAGCACUUCUCCAAUCAGCCAGAUAUGGCAGAACAGAGAUUCCUUGUGGAGUACGCCAAACGCGGUACUGCAGGAUGUAAGAAAUGCAAGGACAAAAUCCAAAAGGGCAUUGUACGCAUCGGGAAGAUUGUUCCAAACCCUUUCAGUGAGUCUGCAGGGGAGAUGAAAGAGUGGUACCAUGUGAAGUGCAUAUUUGAGAAGCUGGAAAGGGCAAGAGCCACCACGAAGAAGAUCGAGGACAUCACGGAUCUGGAGGGUUGGGAGGAGCUACAGGAUGAAGACAAGGAGCUCAUUAAUAAACACAUCUCAGACCUGAUGGCAAAAGUCAAUGCAAGUCCAAAGAAGAAGGUGCAGGCGAAGCUGAACAAUACCGGCCAGCUAAUGGCUCCUCCUGCUGACCCAUCUGCCAACGCUCCACGCAAGUUCUCAGGCUUCACUGCUGCAAAGGCCGGCAGCUCCAGCUCAGGACCGUCCUCCUCCCCUGCCAAAGUCAGCCAAGGCAGCACCCUGUCCAGCCAGCUGUGUGACCCCCAGCACAAGGACUGCCUCUUCAGAGAGUUUCGCAAGCUCUGUGCCAUGGUGGCAGAAAACAGCAGCUACAAUGUCAAGACACAGAUUAUAGAAAAGUUCCUGAAGAAGGGCUCAGGUGGAGAUAAGUUCCAUGGAGAUCUGUACCUGACCGUGAAGCUGCUCCUGCCGGGAGUCAUAAAAAGUGUCUACAACCUCAAUGACAAGCAGAUCGUAAAACUCUUCAGCCGCAUAUUCAGAUGUGACCAGGAGGCCAUGGUGCGGGAUCUGGACCAGGGCGAUGUGUCCGAGACGGUGAGGAUGUUCUUCGAGGAGAGUAAAUCAUUCCCUGCGGCUGCCAAGAGCCUCCUGACCAUCCAGGAGGUGGACGCCUCCCUGACUCGCCUCGCCCAGCUGACCAAAGAGGACGAGCAGCAGACCGAGUUGGAGGAUAUUGCCAAAAAAUGCACCGGUAACGACCUGAAAUGCGUCAUUCGACUGAUUAAACAUGACUUGAAGAUGAACGCUGGAGCAAAACACGUCUUGGAUGCUGUGGAUCCAAAUGCUUACGAUGCCUUCAAGGCCUCACGUAAUCUGGGCGACGUGAUUGAUCGGGUGCUGAGGAAUCACCAGGAGGCAUCUAAUGGUUCGGGACCCAGGAAGCUCCUCACUGUGGAGGCCUCACUCAUGACCCCCGUUCAGCCCAUGUUGGCAGAGGCGUGUAAAUCCGUGGAGCACGCCAUGAAGAAAUGCCCCAACGGGAUGUACUCUGAGAUCAAGUAUGAUGGAGAACGCGUGCAGGUCCACAAGAACGGAGACACCUUCAGCUACUUCAGCCGCAGCCUCAAGCCCGUGCUGCCACACAAAGUGGCCCAUUUCAAGGAGUACAUCCCUCAGGCUUUUCCCGGAGGCCACAGUAUGAUAUUGGAUGCUGAAGUCCUCCUAAUUGACACGCAGACGAGUAAACCCCUGCCCUUUGGGACCUUGGGUGUACACAAGAAAGCAGCCUUUCAAGAUGCCAACGUGUGCCUUUUUGUUUUCGACUGUAUCUACUUCAAUGGCGUGAGCCUCAUGGAGAGGCCUCUGUGUGAACGCAGGAAGUUCCUGCAUGACAACAUGGUUGAAGUCCCCAACAGGAUCCUGUUCUCAGAGAUGAAGCACGUCACUAGGGCUGGAGAUCUGGCUGAUAUGAUAACUCGUGUCAUCCGAGAGGGACUUGAAGGUCUUGUGCUUAAAGACAUAAAGGGCACCUAUGAACCAGGGAAACGCCACUGGCUGAAGGUGAAGAAGGACUAUCUGAACGAAGGGGCGAUGGCAGACACAGCUGACCUGGUGGUGCUGGGGGCCUUCUAUGGAAAAGGCUCCAACGGGGGCAUCAUGUCCAGUUUUCUAAUGGGCUGUUAUGAUCCAGACUCCAAGAAAUGGUGCACGGUCACCAAGUGCUCAGGAGGCUACGAUGACGCCACCCUGGCCAGGCUCCAGAAGGAGCUGGAUGUGAUCAAAAUCAGCAAGGAUCCAAGUAAGAUCCCAGGCUGGCUGAAAAUCGUUAAGAACUAUUAUCCAGAUUUCAUUAUCCGCAGUCCUGAGGAGGCACCUGUGUGGGAGAUCACAGGCGCAGAGUUUUCCAAAUCAGAAAUGCACACCGCAGAUGGCAUCUCUAUCCGCUUUCCCCGCAUGACGCGCAUCCGUGAUGACAAGGACUGGAAGACGGCCACCAACCUGCACCAGCUUAAAGAGCUGUACCGCAUAUCGAAGGAGAACUUCGACUUUAAAGUGACAGCCAGGCCGUCGACAUCCAACGAUGACAAGGGCUCAUCAGGUGGGGACAGUGGGGGAAACUCGCCGUCGUCUUCGUCCCGUGGAAACGCUCCGCCAAAGAAGACCAACGUCGGAACCCCACCCAAACCAAAGGCGGGGAAAUCCCAGCCUCGCACUCCUGGAUCAGAAGCCCCCAGUGCCAAGAAGGUGAAGAAGAGUGAAAGCGUCCACAGCAAUGGACAAACCAAAGCAAAGCCAACCGUUCAACCAAUGGAGCCGAAGAACGACAAGGUGGGUCAGCAACGGCUUCUCUCUUCAUUUAGGCGUGAGCAAACAGAAACCGUAGCACAAAGACGAGAGGAUUUUCGGCUCCCACGUGUUCGGACGCUGCUGGACAUCUUCAGUGGUGUGAAGCUUUUCCUGCCAGACUCCGUGCAGGACUUUGACAAACUGAGGCGGUACUUUGUGGCGUACGACGGAGACCUCGUGCCGGACUACGAUGCCGCCUUAGCCACACACACGCUGGCUGAACCUGAAGAGGACAGCCAGGCCCAGAGAGUCUCACCCAGCUGGAUCUGGGAAUGUAUCCGCAAGAGGCGCGUCGUACCUCCCUGUUAACAAUAAUAAUAAUAAUAAAAAAACAAAACAACAACAAAGGAACACAUUUAUACUCUGCGUCAAGUUAAUGCAGUGAAUAAAAACUACUACACACCUGUGCAACUUCACUCUAAAUCCAUGUUAAACAACAUGUUGAUCUUUAUGAGAGUUUACAUCCAUGUGUUCAAUUCCACACCGACUGUUCUCAGAUGUGCUAUUUGUUUCCUACACUUGCACACCAGCCGAUGACACAUACAGCACAUGUUGAAUUUUUAGCUUGUGCCAGUUUCAGGACUCUGGAAGGUUGUGAAGGGGGGGUUAGAUGUAGCCAGGUUACUGAUGACUUUUUUUAUCUGUCUGAGGAAAUGUUACUGUAGAGUUUUUGUAAGAGAAUUUCAAUAAGAAAUGUCAUUAAAGCAGCUCCACAUGAGAACUCUAAGCCAUGAAAUGCAUUUUAUAAAGUGAUCGUGGAACAUAAAAUACAGUGAAGACUUAAAAUGAACAGCAGAAUUAAGACGUGGGUUUUCUUUUUUUUUUUUUUUUUUGUUUUAUCAGCAUCAUGUAUUAUUUUUACUGCCUGAGUGAAACAUUUUGCGGGGCAUUAAACCCCUGCUCAUGAACUGACAACUAAACAUGUCUGCAGCCAUUAGGAAUAAACAGCACUGAUUAAGACAA